UGGUGAGCUGUUGCUUAGCAGCUAAUAAUAGGCGACGUUCGCAAAGUAAUUUGCCUCUUCCUUGGCCAAUGGGAGCCGGAGCACUUUUCCAUCAAACCUCCCUUUUCAGGAUUCGCCGAGAGGCGAACUUCUCCAAAUGUUACCGCUGCGGGAUCAGAGUUAGACUUGACACGAACGGCCGCCGCCGCUGCUACUCUUACUACAGCUACUAGUCCGCUCCGAGACGUCGUUUUGCAAACCAUCGGGACGAAUGAAGACUGAGGGAUAUACACGGAUUUCGGCGCAUAAUGUUGGGAUGGAGUUUCGAGACUCGUUUGGCUCCACGGAAGACUAGAACCCGCUCCCCUGAGUCGUCGCCGGUGCCGCUGGAUGCGCUCCUCUCCUAUGUUGGAUUAUUGUCGCGUUUUCUGAACUCGCACCGAUCCCCCGUCGCUUCGCUCCGCGCCGCGUUCACCCUCCACGGACCAUGGCCUCGGACCGCGGCGUCCUCGGAGAUCUGCCCCCGACGUACACGCGCUCGCGGCCGCCCGCGAGCCCCGAUCUGCUGCGGAGACCCGGCUACUGCCACGCCGCGUUCGCACUCACGCAGAUCUCAAAGGGCAAGGCGGUAGGUCAGAAAGCUCCUCUGUGGAUCCGGGCCAGGUUCCAGGCCCUCCUGUUCUCUCUGGGCUGCCACAUCCAGAGACACUGCGGGAAGGUCCUGUUCAUCGGACUCUUAGUGUUCGGGGCUCUGUCCGUGGGGCUCCGAGUCGCAGCCAUCGAGACGGACAUCGAGCAGCUAUGGGUGGAAGCUGGCAGCCGGGUGAGCACAGAGCUCCGCUACACCAGGGAAAAACAGGGAGAGGAGUCAAUAUUUACCUCACAGAUGCUUAUCCAGACACCCAAAGAAGAGGGCACCAAUAUUCUUACCCAGGAGGCUUUGCUGGUUCACAUGGAAGCCGCCCUGUCCGCAAGCAAGGUCCAGGUGUCGCUAUUUGGAAAGUCGUGGGAUCUUAACAAAAUAUGCUAUAAAUCAGGGGUUCCUAUUAUAGAAAACGUCAUGAUCGAAAGGAUGAUUGACAAGCUAUUCCCUUGUAUGAUAAUCACUCCAUUGGACUGUUUUUGGGAAGGGGCCAAACUGCAGGGAGGCUCCGCCUAUUUACCGGGCAUGCCAGACAUCCAGUGGAUGAAUCUAGAUCCGGUCAAGCUGAUGGAGGAGCUGAGUCAGUUCACGUCGCUGGAAGGAUUCAAGGAGAUGCUGGACAAAGCCCAGGUUGGCCACGCAUACAUGAACAGACCUUGUCUAGACCCAUCGGACCCCGACUGCCCUCUCAGUGCACCCAACAAGGAGCAAGGAGAGAGUCCCGACAUUUCUGGACAUCUCCAGGGCGGUUGUCAUGGUUUCAGCCGGAAGUUCAUGCACUGGCAGGAGGAGCUCAUUCUGGGAGGGCGGGUCAAGAGCAGUCAGGAUACUCUGCUGAGCGCGGAAGCUCUUCAAACCAUGUUCCUGUUGAUGAGUCCCAAGCAGCUGUACGAGCACUUUAAGGACGACUACGAGAUCCACGACAUCAACUGGAACGAGGAGAAGGCCACCGCCAUCCUGGAGUCCUGGCAGAGGAAGUUUGUGGAGGUGGUCCACCAGAGUAUCCCAUCUAACUCCAGCCAGUCCAUCCACGCCUUCUCCACCACGACCCUCAAUGACAUCAUGAAGUCUUUUUCGGACGUCAGUGCCAUCAGGGUGGCGGGAGGAUACCUGCUCAUGCUGGCCUACGCCUGCGUGACCAUGCUAAGGUGGGACUGCGCCAAGUCCCAGGGGGCCGUGGGGCUGGCCGGCGUUCUGCUGGUGGCCCUGUCCGUGGCUGCAGGUCUGGGUCUCUGCUCGCUGCUCGGCCUGUCUUUCAACGCUGCCACCACACAGGUGCUGCCCUUCCUGGCACUGGGGAUUGGUGUGGACGACAUGUUUCUCCUGGCUCACUCCUUCACAGAAACUGGAACUAGCAUCCCCUUCAAGGAGAGGACCGGAGACUGUUUGCGUCGCACCGGCACCAGCGUGGCUCUGACUUCCAUCAACAACAUGAUCGCGUUCUUCAUGGCCGCUCUGAUACCCAUCCCUGCCUUGCGGGCGUUCUCUCUGCAGGCGGCCGUGGUGGUCGUGUUCAAUUUUGCCAUGGUGCUGCUCAUCUUCCCGGCCAUCCUCAGCCUGGACCUCCACCGGCGCGAGGACAAGCGCCUGGACGUCCUCUGCUGCCUGUACAGCCCUUGCUCCGACCGCGUCAUCCACCUGGCCCCCCACGAGCUGUCCGACGCCGGGGAGCAGCCGCACACGCCCGCCGCGGCGACGGCGACGGCGCACCGAUACGCCGCCGGGUCCACCAUCACCACCAGCACCCAAAUCACCACCACGGUGCAGGCGUUCACGCAGUGCGACGCCGCCGGACAGCACAUCGUCACGAUCCUGCCGCCCACCUCACAGAUCUCCACGAGCCCACCCUCUAUCAUCCUGUGCCCCACUACCCAAGCUCAAGCCAUUACACCUUCGCCCAGCACCACCUCAGUGCCGGAUCCCUAUGGCUCCCAGCUGUUCACCCCCACCUCUAGUUCCACACGUGACCUCCUAGCCCAGGUGGAGGACUCCAAAGUGGGAAAGAAGUGUGUCCCCCUACCGUUCCUGCACUGGAACCUGUCCAGCUUUGCCCGGGAUAAAUACGCCCCUCUGCUCCUCAAGCCCAAAAGCAAGGCCAUUGUGGUGGUUCUCUUCCUGGGCCUGCUGGGCCUCAGCCUCUACGGAACCACCAUGGUGCACGAUGGCCUCUACCUGACUGACAUUGUGCCCCGUGACACUAAAGAGUAUGACUUCAUUGACGCCCAGUUCAAGUAUUUCUCAUUCUACAAUAUGUAUCUGGUGACCAUGGACGGAUUUGACUACGCCCGCUCACAGAGGCUGCUCGUCCAGCUGCACAAUGCCUUCAAUUCUGUCAGAUACGUGGUCAGAGACAGCAACAACAAGCUGCCUCGCAUGUGGCUCCACUACUUCCAGGACUGGCUCAGAGGUCUCCAGAGUGCUUUCGACGCUGACUGGCAGGCGGGCAGAAUCACAGCUGACAACUACCGCAACGGAACCGAAGAUGGAGCCUUGGCGUACAAGCUCCUCAUCCAGACGGGCUCCAAGAAAGAGCCCUUUAACUACAGCCAGUUGACUUCCCGUCGGCUGGUGGACGCAGAGGGCCUGAUUCCCCCAGAAGUAUUUUAUAUUUACCUGACAGUCUGGGUCAGUAACGAUCCUCUGGGCUACGCCGCUUCCCAGGCAAACUUCUACCCUCACCCUCGAGAGUGGAUUCACGACAAGUACGACACAACGGGGGAGAACUUACGCAUCCCGGCUGCAGAACCUCUGGAGUUCGCUCAGUUCCCCUUCUACUUGAACGGCCUUCGCCAGGCCGGCGACUUCGUCGAGGCCAUCGAGAGCGUGCGGGCGGUCUGCGACGAGUUCAGCCGCAAGGGCCUGUUGAACUACCCUAAUGGAUACCCAUUCCUCUUCUGGGAGCAGUACAUCGGCUUAAGACACUGGUUCCUGCUGUCCAUCAGCGUCGUGCUGGCCUGCACCUUCCUGGUCUGUGCCGUCCUCCUGCUCAACCCCUGGACCGCCGGCAUCAUUGUUUUCAUCUUGGCCAUGAUGACGGUGGAGCUGUUUGGUAUUAUGGGUCUGAUCGGCAUCAAGCUCAGCGCCAUCCCUGUGGUCAUCCUCAUCGCCUCCGUGGGCAUCGGAGUGGAGUUCACUGUUCAUAUCGCACUGGGCUUCCUGACAGCAAUUGGCAGCAGAAACAAGCGCUCGGCAGUGGCUCUGGAGCACAUGUUUGCUCCCGUGGUUGACGGAGCGAUCUCCACGCUCCUGGGCGUCCUCAUGCUGGCAGGGUCAGAGUUUGACUUCAUCAUGAGGUAUUUCUUCGCCGUGUUGGCCAUCUUGACUGUGCUGGGGAUGCUGAAUGGCUUGGUGCUGCUGCCCGUCCUCCUGUCCAUGACGGGCCCGCCAGCCGAGGUCACGCCGGUCGACAACGCCAGCCGCCUGCCCACCCCUUCUCCCGAACCGCCUCUUCCUCCGCCCAUGACCCACCACGGCUACUUCUCGAGCCACCACAACCCACAGGCGACCCGUCAGCAGGCGUUUUCCGAGUCGUCUGACUCCGAGUAUUACUCUGAGAUGACCACCACAUCGGGGAUUGGGGAGGAGGAUUAUAAAUACUGUGACCGGAGUGCGUACAUUACAUCGCACCCCAACGCUCCACCUGCUACAUCUCACAUCCUGCUGGAAGCCAGCAAGAACCCCAGCUUCCCCAAGCUCACGGUGGUGAAACCAUUCAGAGAAACUGCACCAACCACCGGCGGGAGGAUAGAACCGUUAAACGAGACGUCACAGAACGCACAGUCCCAGGUCACGUGCUGGGAUGGAAACAAGUGGGAGCAGCAGGAGGGCCCCCAGAGGUUCUCGGCUCAGCCCAGUAACAGACCUCACUUUCCCGGGAGGACUUGUCAAAGUGGCCCCAGGCUCCAGAACAGCAGAGGCCCGCAGCCAAACAGGACUAAAGGGCCGAGCUAUGGCAACAGCAACAGCACCGUGCCGCCGCAGCAGGGAUCCGCGGGGGGACCCGUUACCAUGGUUACGGCCACCGCCUCCGUGACCGUGGCGGUGCACCCGACCCUGCCCGGGGCGACGUACCAGGGCUACAUGCACGAGGGCUUUGACACGGACAGCGAGUCGGACUGUUUCGAAGCCGAUAAGAGGACUUGUGGUGACAAAACGACCUUUGCUUCGUGCAAGAGAGACUCUCUAGAGCUCCAGGACUUGGAAGCGACACAAGCGCAGACAGUGCAUCCGCUCAGCAAAGUACAAGGUGGGUUGAGGAUCCAGGCAACCAAAGAUUGCUAGACACCCUCCCUCACACGCUGUUCCCGCCUUCUUUGAGCCUCUGGCCGCCUCCCAGAGCACCUUGAGGCCCACACAGCAUCACAUCACGUCUCUCAGCUGUACAUAGACUUCACACAAAAGGAGAGGAUUUAUUACAAGGACAUAUUAAGAAGAGAAGUGGCGCGUUAAGAAUUAUAUAAAUCUAUGAGUAUAUAUUUUAAUACUAAAAAAGAGGGAAGCUAUUUAAAAGAGUACUGUAUAACUUGGGUAUACUCUUGUGUAAAGGUUCAGAUGUAAAAGAUUAUUUUUGUGGGGUGGCUCAUUUUCUCCCCGUAAUGUAUAGAAUAAUAAAUGUGUUAUAUGUACAAAGUGUCCACAAAGCUUAUUAAGAUAUUAGGCUAUUGAACAUGCGGUCAGUGUUUUAUUUUUAUUUGUAUCGUGUUCCUUUUUUUGCUGCUACACUUCAAAAUAAUUUUAAGUGAUUUGCCUUAAAAAUGCAGUAGCCCCUCCCCCCUCACCCCCCGGCUUCAGCCAGUGAGCAGUGCUGUACUGUGAGGUUUUUUCUCUGUUGUAUUCUAUGUAAAGAUGUUCUCUGCCACAUUGUGCACUGUAAGAAACCCACGGCAGACACUGUUCUCCUGACUAGUAAACGUCGUGCCUUCGUUGCCCUCAGAGCUUCAUCCAGCCGCAGACUGACCUGAUCUCCGUUCAGCAUCUGUCCCCCGCGGCUCCUAACGACUUGUAGGAGCUGUGAUAUUCGUUCGUCCACCUUUUUCCACUCUGUGUCGUUCGCCUUCGUGUUUUACUUUGAAAGGGAAUUCCAAUGCAAAGGGAGUAAUUUUAUUGUGCUUUUUAAUUAUUUGUCCAUUUUUCUUUGCUUGCUGCUUUAGGGGUAACGACACGUUCAUGUUGCUGUAUCCCUGUGCAAUUGUGACAUAAUGUAAACUGGUUCAGCAUUUUAAGGCUCUGACCCACUUUAUAAUUCCUCCCUCUUCUUUUACACGCCACCAUGUUAUUCUUUCGUCCUUAGCACGCUCGCUUUAUUCCCUCCGGUUUCCGCUGUAGCGUUUCCGUGUCGGUCUCAUCACUGCCAAGUUUAAUUGCAGGGAAAAAACAACUUCGCAGAUCUAUUUUUGUAUGUCAUUUUGUUUUAAAGUGGCAGCUUUUGGGUUCACUAAAUAUGAGAGUGGAGUUAAGUAGCUACUGUGCAGUUGAGGAUAAUUCAUUGAAGCGGACAAAGCACCAGUUACAGCUUGGCCAGACCAGACAGGAGGUGUUGUCACUGUGGUGAGGCAUUAGUAGAGGAGGGGGAGGGGGAGCUCCUGCAUUGAUUUGUAGUUUAUUUCAAAAAAAUGUUAAUGUCAUGCCAUAUAAAUUAUUUAUAUUAAAAUUUUUAUUUUUGUAGUUUGUACAGAUGUUAGUAUGUAGACUGAAGUUCUAUUUUUAAAGAGUAAAUAUAUAUUAUAUAUAAAUAUAUCUAUUUGUUGCCAAGAUUUUUUGUUUUGUUGGAUUGUUUGGUUAGGGGUGGGGUGGGGGUGGGGGGUUGUGAGAGGGAUGGGUCGACAACACUUUAGAGCUGAGGAUGCUUCUUUUUAUUUGAAUUUUGGUGCAGAGGGGGCAGUUUGACAACCAUGAAGGAGAAGGCGUGUAGGGAUGUGUCACUGUCACGCAUAGUUGAAGCUUCCUCUUGGCCCUGCCCUCUUCAUUGUCAUUUUAUUUUCUAUGUCUGAAACACUGUGACUUCUGAAACUAUGCUCAACAAAACCCUUGUGUGACUGUUAUGUUCCCUCACCUGAUAUAGAAAUUUAACUAACAAAAUAAAUUGAAUGAUAAAAGUG